ACGCAAGAAAGCAAGCGCACUUCGAUAGUCGGACAAAUUAAUAAUGAGCCCUUCAGGAAAAUUUCUCCCUUUGCCCUAGCCUAGCGUAAGGCUCAGCGGGUAGGUUUGUUGAGCAAGGUACCCUGAUCAGGACAUGUGACGCGCCUCAGAUGGGGGAUGGGCGCAGCCUGUGUCGUAAACAGUCCGGUGGUGGUGUCGGCGCGCCGAGAAAUGCACGUACACUGACGCGCUAGUCGUUGUUUAUCGCUGCCCGCGGCCGCCACGCAUUGGUCAUUGACGCUUGGUAGCUGUCGUCAUCCGAGCCAGCAGCGGGUGCGGCGGCGAUCGCGCUUGUUUUCGUCUGCGGCGCGAGAGCAGACGACGACGGCGGCGUCAUGUCGGCCACGGCUACUCCGCUCGCGGGAUGCCCGGACGUCUCGUCCUUCCCGCCUUCGUACAGCGAAGCCACGCGGCAGCACGCUUCUCUGGGCGGUGGACUGAGCUUCGUGGAUUUCUUGCCUUACUGCAUCAGUUCGGGCGGCCUCUUCAGCACGCCGACGUUCGAGCCGUUCAGGGUGCUGCUCCAACGUGCCAAUGACUGGCUCAAGGAGAACUGCACCUGGGAGGUGAAGACAUGCGAGAGCGUCGAGUUCAAGACCUCAUCCGAGGUGGUCAACACCGAGCGCAUGACAUACUACGAGUACGGCGAGCAGAGCACCCGCUAUGUGCGCAGCCUGAGGCUAUGGCUGGUUCCACGCGUUGACCAGAGUCGACCUGCACAGCAGCUGGAGUACCGCAACCUGAUCCCGCAGCAGACAGGCCAUGCGGGGCUGUUUGGGAUGCCUACAUUCGAGACGCUGCACGAGCUUCUGGAACGCUACAACCAGCAGCUAAUGCACCAGCCUGCACCAGGGCGUGUUCUGGCGGUGGAGACGCAAGAGAUGAAGAUCCCCAGCUACUCAAACUUCGACCCCGACCGGUCGUACUGGUCCGAGUAUGGCGGACGCAACCGGCACUUCCUCUUUGUGGUGCGGGUCUUCUACGAGCUUGGCUCCACGAGUUGCGAGGAAAUCGGCGUGGCAGACUUUGUGCCUCUGCGGCAGUCGACGGGCGGCCUCUUUUCAUUCCCGAGGUACGAGCCGUUCUGCAACGUCAUUGGCCGGGCUGCCCAGUGGUGCUCUCAGCAGGGCUCACUGCGUUUCUGCAAUGCCCAGUCCCUCGAGAUCAAGCUGAAGUCAGGCACCAUGGUGGACACACAGCGCAUGUCUUACACGGAACAUGCGGAGCGGACCACCUUCUUCGUGCGAGUGCUGAGGGUGGCCUACAGCAAGGAGCCCAUGCCCAUAGAAGGGGGACUGCCGCCCUCCCCUCCCUUGGCUUUGCACUGCAAGACUUUCAUGCCGCUGCAGCUGACGCGCGGAAUCUUUGUGCCCGAGUUUGAGAGCCUGUCGGCCACCAAGAAGCGUGUCGAGGCCUGGAUUAGGGCCACCGGUGCCCGUGUGCUGAGCUGCGAGACGGUGGCCAUGCGCCUGUUCACCGGCGGCGAAGCCCACGCCGGCAUCGAGAGUAGUUUCACCUACAACAACGGCAACCGCAGCGAGUACUGGAUAUUCGUCCUGCGGGUGUACCUGGACGGCUCCUACCAGGAGCCGCCGCAGGAAGUGAUGCCCCCUCCGCCAGAGGUGCGCGAUGUUGGCUGCUGCACCGUUCUCUGAGUCGCUCGUAACUUUGCCGCGUGCUUCGCCUCCCCCGUCUCUCUACCUUCUGUGACGCUCUUCUAGUGCAAGCUGCAUACCUUAUCUAGUGAAGUCUCGGGGCACCCUGCUAGCAUCUGUGUUUAGGCAUUUCCCGGACACACUGCGUGUGCUUGUUGGGCGUAGUGUGUCUUGUCAAAUGUGCCCUCAUGCCUGCCUUCUGCCGGUAGGCAAACCUUCUCUGCCGAAGCUCGCUUAUUUCGCCUGGCAUCUUCGGAUGGACACGUCUUACCUCGAGUGGGGUGACAUCCGGUGCCUCUGCUUGCUAAGUGCGGGAACAGUGCAUUUUGUCGGAUGUGCUGUCACACUAGUGAGUGUGGAGAUGAGUACUGCCUGCUUAUCAUGUCAGGCACAUCUGGGCAUUACUGUGGUGCCUGCAGGAAGACCUAACGGCGACUAUCUGACAUGGCCAUUCUGUGUCUGCUAAAUCUGCGCCUCCGCACUUUUCCUGUGUCCAAGGGAGCCCUUUUUUGGGAAGGCGAAUUGUCUUUCCAGGCAUCUUUGUUCGGUGAAUGAUUUGGUGGAGACUUCCACAUCCACCCAGCAUGGAUGUUUUAUCGUGUUGAACUUAAUGACACAUGCACUAUGGGAACACGCUUCUGGUGCACCUUAUCUCAUCAUGCAUCGCUGGGCAGCCAUCUGGUGCGCAAGCAUGGCCUGGUGCUUGGCUCCUAGCCUGCUUUCAGUGGAGUAAUGGUUUUUUCGUCAUGAUUGCCCUUGCCUUCUGCCCCAGGUGGUGUCCUUUUGUUGCGUACUGUAUUAUUGAAUAUGUUUGCAUAGUUACGUAAAGCUCUACGUGCCUUCAGCCACUUAGUGUCACUGUCUCACGAAAAAAUGCACUGUUUUAGACAUUUCUUAGUGUGUUCACAUGUCGUAUGAGAGAUAAGCAGCCUGUAUAGCUUUGCCAGCAGCAGCAGCAGCAGCAACUCUUAACCAGCAACUGUGUGUAAUGUAUUUCUGGCGUGGAAUCAGUGUGCGUGUUAACUCCAUGCAGUUGCUGCCCUAAAAUCCCAACAAAAAUGCAUUCCGUAGUGUCACAGGUGUGUUAUGGUAUGCUAUCUUGGCCAUCACAGCAUCACGGUUAUUGCCUGACUAAACCUGGACACGUUAAUGCGAGGCGGUGUCAUACUGAAGGUACAGUUGGCCACAAAAGCUUACAGGACACAAGUUCCAUGACAUAUGUGAAAUUCUGCACUGUUAAGACCCAAUGCUUCUAACUUAAUGAAUCACCGUGUUGGUCACAAAAGCUAAUGCAGUCUGCAACAUUGAAUUCAAGGCUGCGUGCCAAGAAUUCACAGGAAUUCCUUUUCUUUUUUUUUUUUGAAAAUUCCAUGUCCCAUAAACUUUUGCCACCAACUCCACAUUGCCGAGACGCUUGACGUUGUUGCUGGCGUAGUUUACAACAGCUGGCCUCCUCCAUGGAUAUGGUAAGUAGCCGUUUGCUUGAGGUAUAGCGUUCACCAAUAACCGUAUCACAAGCCUAUGUGUUCCGCUGUGCACUGGUCAACUGGAAGAUAGGUGCCAGCAUGCUCAUGCAGUAUUGAGUGCAAGCUGCAGCCUUUCUGACCUUAGAAAAGUUCUGUACUGGACGCAGUUUCACAGAUUUGCUUAUGCCAUUCAUGCAGAUUUCAUAGAUUUGCGACCUGCACAUGCCAAUGACAUUUGCAUUAAUGGCUGAUCCCGGUGAAAAUAGCACGUGACAGCUUGCAUGAGCUAGUGACACACCAUGCAAAGACAAGAUCAGGAUAGGCACUUAUGAAAAAUGUGGCCACAGAAAAAAAAAGAAAGUUUGUAACAUGCUGUAGAAGGCAUGGUCAUUUUUUCACACACUUUUUAGCUGAUGCAAAUGGCACGAAAAUUGAUUCACAUUAGCCUCUAAAAAUUUCAUUAUGUGGCACCAAGCUUCUAGUAGCUGGUAGGUUCUAGCUGGUCCCCCUUAUUGCUUUAAUGUUGCCACUUAAACACAUUGCAGCAUAGAGUGAUGCUGAAUGUCAUAACAAAUUUCAUUGUCAUCUGCUUCUAGGCAGCUUCUUGGCAAAGCCUAGAAUGCUUCUGUACGUUGGAAUUCUUAUGUCAUCAGAAAUUUCUACGCACCCUGAUAAUGUUGUAAGAGCAGGUUUGACAACACCAUCUGAAUUGGUGGUACAAGAUUGUCAUCUCUGCAGACAUUUAUUGUACACUGCCAGCUAGGAUUGUCUGCACAACAAGCCAUAUUUUGACACGACCUCUGGGUCAACAAGACUUUACCACGCAAACUUUUGCGUUGGAAUGGCUUGGUUGAUAUACCUAGAGUCUGACGUUUCUGAGGCUACAGUCUCAGAUUUAGUGAUACAGUCAAACUUCUGUAAAUAUGUUUAAAGAGGAAAAGAGCCGCGACUUCAGAUGGGACGUAAAACGAAGGAGUGGACAGGAUGAGCGGUAACGUUCGUCUUACGUCCUGUCUGAAGUCGCAGUUCUUUUCCUCUUUAAACAUGUCGGGCCAACAGGCCCAAAGUUCCCCCCUCUUGAUUCUAUAAACAUACAUGGAUAUUGCGAAUUGUGAGAUAUGAUGAAGUAAACUUAAAAUUUGUUACAUUUUUUACUGAUAUCAGCUGUCAUGCUUAUAAGGAAUGUUGGAUAUAACGAGGGUGUUUCCGUGUUGGAAGAGGUUUGACUGUACAAACUUGCAUGUUCAUGCUAACGGGAACAUUUUCACAUGGUUGGCUUUUUUAACAUCCCGUGAGAUGUGCUUAUAGAGUUUUAUCAUUUCCCUCAUCAAACAAAUGCUCCAUCACUGUGACGCUAUCAGUGCCGCUGUCGUGCAUUGGUCGUGACGCUAUCACGACCAGUGGCAAUGACGCUGUCGUGCAUUGCUAGCCUUCACUUCUCUUGCACAGUGGUUAUCACAAAGAUUUAUCACAGUUCAUUUUCUUUUUGUCGUUGUUAGCAGUGGUUUGUGCUGCAUAAGCUUCAGCAUUCUUGCCCAAUCGCCAUCUACCGUAAGUCAUGUCUAAACCUCACUUCAUAUUAUCUAUAACACUGUUGCUGCAUCAUUAAGAUUUUACGUUACCAUGGGUGCCGUGCCCCAGACUUAUAUAUUACAUAUAAACUUCCUCCGUGUUCUCGUCUUGUAAGACUGAAGGAAUAUGCCUUUCUUGUAUGAACAGUCUUGUCCUUUACUUUGUAUUGUGUAAAUUGUGAGAGUGACUGUCAUAGUUCCUGUUUGGCUCUUUUGCUUUGAGUUAUAUGUAACCACAAUUCCCUGUAGAUUGAAGUUUGGUCCGUUGUCUUUCAGUUUUAAAGAUUCCCGUCUUUAUUUACAAUGGGGCCUAGGUGUUCGGUGCCUGGUUACGACUUAUGCAGUCGAGGUGACAGCAAAUUACCAUGCAUUGUACAAAGACAAAAACAGAAAAUAUUAUGUUUCCUUCAUUCUAUCCUUCUGUCAUAGUAGAGUUAGUUUUUCAGGCUUGACCUGACUUUAGUCAGUGACAGCUAAGGCAUGCAGGAGAAGGUCCUGCAUGCUUUUAUGUUAACCCGUGUUGUUGUUGAGGCAUUUUCUGGUAGGAUGCGCUACUGUGGUGCUGGUACACACCGCCAACACCACUAUUAUGGUUUUCUUGACAGUUCUGUUUGAAAGUGUCACGCAGAAUUUGAGUUUUGGACUGCAAGAGUGGAAUGGUAGCACCUGUGUAACUUGCUCACAUAAGCUGCAGCACCAGCGAAAAACUGUUCUCGUUGAGAGAGCCGUACGUCUUGUUUGCAAGAUUGAAGGAAACUUUGCCACAAAUGUCUUGUUUAUUCAGCCUCUUGUUUAUUCUACUCAACACUCGCACCUUGACAUUUACAUCUCAUUGGCUCAUUGGCGCAAGUGGUUUCACUGCUGGAACAAAUUCGUGCAUACUUGACUGCAGAGAGCUAUAGGAUACUGCCACCAGUUUACUGUUAAUAGUAACUGUGCUGGACACCUGCCAGCUUUUCAUGUGCUAGGUAACGUCGGGGGGCAGAUAUAAAGGGGCACACGGGGCAGACGUGCAGCAAGCAGCACUGUCUGUCUCUCAACUAUGCCCGAUACCUUUUUAAGAGUGAAGCAUUAUUUUUUACCAUGCGCUCGGAUUUUUGUGCAACUCUGGGCACUGUUCGCCCGUGUCCACCUGUAUGAACAAUCGUAGCUCCAAAUUAAUUUGUUGCGGCAUAUUAUUGUCUAAACUAUCUGGUGUACACCCUUGUAACUUUUAACCAGAACGGGUGUGCAUAAACUAUAACAUGACACGUAUCGCUUUAUAACGGCAAGGUCGGCGAUAGUAUGUGCAAGUGCACAAAGCAGUCUUUUGUUUGAAUGCUGUCUGCUACACUGUUUGCUUCAAAAGUAUACAUGCCCUGCCUUUGUUGUAUGCGAGGCCAUAUUGUGUAAUGUUACAAAUAGCCAGGCCAUGCAGCUACAAGUAUUUGCAAUCAGAGCUUUGCCCCUGCUUCUUUUCUUAAUUACAAUACCUCAUUUAUGUUAAAUUUGCAUUCUUGUUUAUGCUUAUUCCCUGGCGCGUGUGUGGGUUCCAGUAAUACAAAGAAAGAAUGGACAGCGCAUCACAGGUGAAACAUCGUAAUCUGCACCUAUUUUCAUAUUGGCUUUUCACAAGUAGGACUGCGCAGAUAACUGACUGGGCUUGUGUCCUACUGAUGCAAAUAGUGUAGCAGACGAUGCUCAAGCAGAGAGUGCUUUGUGGACUUGCGCAUAGUGUCACCUAUCUCACCGUUAUAAGGCACUGACAUGAUGUGUGGGCAAAGCUCAUGUGUUCUGGUUAAUAAAUUGCAGGGGUGUACAGUGCUCAUGGAAUGAAACGCAACAGAGAGCAUUCGGUAGAACCUUGCGCAUAUGCAAAGUACUCGAGAGUACCAUGUCAUGUCACCAGGAAUCUGGUCACCAAAGGUGACGCGGACUCUGAUCUAAGUGUACGCGCCAAAAUUGCGUCAAUGUGACACAAACUGCAGCCAGUGGUAACAAAAGUAUGCACAUUAGUUAGCCCUAAAUUGACGUGUUUCAUUCCAUGAGCACUGUACAUACACGUCACAUGGCUUAACUAGCAAGCACGAAGCUGGCAGGUGCCAGCGAUAUAGAAGAGUGAUAGUGAUAUAUGUUGAAACACUAUAGUGACAUCAUUAAAAAAUGGUUGCUUUGUAGUAUGGCCGCAGAUCUGCCUAUGUGUUCAGGCUGCUUUGUCAACUCACCGGUGCUUUUGCAGAUGUUUUCACAUCUCUGAAUAUAGCCGCGUGUUGUGCAUGUUAAAGUGUGUGACCUCCCUGAUAUUUUGUUUGAGUUAUGCGCACGAAGGCAUUUUGUAUGGAAAGCUGUUGUAUACAAAUGUGUAAUUGUCAUUUUAGCAGCGUUGAAAGUAUUUCAGAGCAUGUACUUAUAUGUCAAGCUGCUGGUCAUUCAGUACAGAACAGUGUGUGUGUUGAACAGAUGGAUUCAAUAAAGCGCUUUUUGUUGGGUGCUA